AUGGCUUUCCCAGUAGUAGCUUCUUCUUCCGUCAUUACCCGUCCAGGGCAUUUCGAUGUGUUCUUGAGCUUUAGAGGUGCAGAUACCCGCAACAAUUUUAUUACUCAUCUAUUCAAGGCUCUAGAUCAAAAGGGAAUCUAUACCUACAUGGAUGACAAACUUGAAGGAGGAGAGGAAAUUUCAUUGGCUCUUCUCAAAGCCAUCAAAGAGUCGAAGAUCGCAAUAAUUGUACUCUCUGAAAACUUUGCAUCAUCCACAUGGUGCUUGGACGAGCUGAAGGAGAUCCUUGAGUGUAGAGAAAACAAUCAACAAACCGUUCUGCCAGUGUUUUACAAAGUACUUCCCUCAGAUGUACGAUAUCAAAACAAGAAAUUUGGUGAAGCCUUGGCCAAACAUGAACGCAGAUUCAAGAAGGAAAUUGUGCAAAGGUGGAAGGAAGACCUAGAGAAAGUUUCCAAAUUGUCCGGCUACCAUUUGACGAAGGACAGGAAUGAAUCUGAAUUUAUAAACGAAAUUGUUCGUGUGGUCUCAAAAAUGCUAAGUCGUUCAAGCUUAAACGUCCCUGCCAAUUAUCCAGUUGGAAUAGAGUCUCCUGUUAAAGACAUCAAUGCACUUUUAAGUAUUGGAAAGAGUGACAAACGAAUGGUAGGAAUAUUUGGAGUUGGUGGAAUUGGUAAGACAACUAUUGCCGAAGCGAUCUAUAACUCGAUUGCUCACCAAUUUGAAGAUAAGUGUUUUCUUGAAAAUGUUAGAGAAAAUUCAAAGCAAGAGUAUGGUCUACUCAAGUUGCAAGAGAAACUUCUUUCUCAGAUCCUACGUGACUCAAAUUUGAAGGUUCGCACUGUUAAUCUAGGAAAAGAUGCCAUAAAGAAAAGACUUUGCAUGAAAAAGGUUCUUUUAGUUCUCGAUGAUGUGGAUGAUUUGAUCCAAUUAGAAGCAUUAUCCGGAGAACUUGAUUGGUUUGGUUUGGAAAGUAGAAUCAUCAUAACAACUAGAGAUAAGCAGUUAUUAGCUACGCAUGGAGUUGAUUUAAGACACAAGAUGAAUGAAUUGCGGGACUGUGAAGCUCUUAAAGUAUUUAGUCGACACGCCUUCCAUAGUGACAAACCUAAUGACGAUUUUGUGGAACUCACAGAACAUGCAUUAUGUUAUGCUGGGGGCAACCCACUAGCUUUAAAAGUGGGAACAGAAAAUAUUAAAGGCAUAUUAGUGGACUUGCCGGAACGAGACUUGAUACAGUGGAAAUCCGAUACAUUUGAGAACAUGGAAGGGCUUAGAUAUUUUAUAUGUCGUAAUGCAGAGUUUUCUGAAGAGCCUACUUAUGUCCCUGAUGAGUUAAGAGUGCUUGAUUGGAUAGAAUAUCCUUUGCAAUCUCUACCAUCCAAUUUUCAUGGACGGAAACUCACUAUUCUACGAAUAUGUAAUGGCCACUUCAAAGGAGUCAAGGAAGGAUUUAAGAAUUUACCAAACCUGACUAUUAUGGAACUCAUUGCACUUGAAAACCUAACUGAAAUUCCUGAUAUUUCAAGAAUCCCAAAUUUACAAAAAUUACAUAUUUCUGAUUGCAAAAGUUUAGUUGAGGUUCAUGACUCUGUUGGAUCCCUUGAUAAGCUUGUCUGGCUGUCAUUUUUCAAUUGCUCUAAUCUUAUUAGUUUGCCAAAAAGCCUCAAGGUGAAGUCUGGGGGAGGUCUUUAUUUUCUAGGUUGUUCAAGGCUCGAGACCUUUCCUGAAAUUGAGUGUAAAAUGGAACAAUAUGGUUUAACUUUAGACGUAUUUGAUUGCAUAAACCUUAUCCAUCUUCCAAGUAGCAUUUUUCAGUUGAAGUUCAUCUCGCUUUCUGUCUUAUGCUGUCCAAAACUCGUUAUGACUCCGACAAAUGUGAGGGAUGAAAGACAAUCCCCAGAGGAAAGUAGAGAUUUAUUCUUAUCACCUCCUUUACUGAAUUCAAGCAUUUCCGAUGUUGGUUGUUCGUAUUCGGCACAAACUGGACUGAAGCUUGAUAGAAUUCAUGCCUCUUUUGAUAUCUUAACCAUAUCAGGGAGUGAAAUUGUUAGUCUGCCUGUAUGGUUCAAAACAUUUAUCAGAUUGAGGGUGCUUCGGUUGGAAGGAUGCAAGCAACUUCAAGAAAUUCUAGAACUUCCAGCAAAUAUAGUAGAAGUAAGUGCCUGCAGAUGUGUUUCAUUGGAAAGUUUCCCACAAAUAUCAAGAGAAAAUCAAUUCAAUACAAGUCAGUUGCCAUCGUUAGAGUGGAUUGACUUGAGUGACUGCUAUAAAAUGGCUGACAAAAUAGGGAAGGUGGAAGAUUUUGUAUUGGAUAAGGUACAUUAUAAGGACUCUUUUGCUGGUGGAAUUAUAUUUCCUGGAAAUAAGAUACCAGAUUGGUUUCGCCAUCGUAUGGACUGUCCAAUGGGGAGUCGCACAUGUAUAAUGGAUAUUAAAGGGCUCCCUCAUUUGGAUGAGAUCCAAGGAAUUUUUUUUUGUGCUAUUCUUCAACCCUUUUCUAAUCGCAUCAUCGACGAAGAUGCUCGGUUUACGAUGAGGAAUAGAGGAAGAGAUAUUCAUAAAUUGAGAGAUUUCAUUGGUAUGAAAUCAAAAAAUGUAUGGUAUGAGUACUUCUUCCAAGAAUCUUUUGAGCUAAAAGGGGAGUGUUUGCAAUUUAGGUUGGUUACAAAUCCAGAGUUGACCAUCAGAAGUUUCGGAGUUCAUAUUAUACACAAGCAUGAAGAGAAUGCGAACGAUCAUCCAGAUAUGCCCCCUGUGGACUUUUUUUUCUUUUCUGAUGAAAUUAAUCAUGACUGGAAAAUUUCAUCCAUAGAGGAUGAAUCAGAUGAAGAAUGUGAUAAUUCAGUGGGUUCACUUACAAAGGAUGAAUCAGAUGAAGAGCGGCCUGAAUUGAGUGAGUGCGCUAAAAUGGUUGAGAAAAUAGGGAAUGAUCAGGUGGAAGAGUUUUUAUUGGAGAAGGUACAUUCUAAGGACUCUUUUGAUGGAGGAAUAUUUCCUGGAAAUAGGAUACCAGACUGGUUCCGCCAUCCUAUGAAGUGUCGAAUCGGGUGGAGUAACUCAUGUAUAAUGAAUAUUAAAGGGCUCCCUCAUUUGGAUGAGAUAAUCAUACAAGGAAUUAUCUUUUGUGCUGUUCUUAAAUCCGAUUUGUGCUCUGGCAACGCCGAUUGUGUGCAUUUCGCCAAGUUUACGAUGGAGCAUAAAGGUAUAGAAUUUGAUAAAAUGAAAGAUUUCAAUUAUAUGAAAUCAGAAAAUGUAUGGUAUGAGUACUUCGUCCUAGAAUCUUUUGAGCUAAAUGGGGACAGUUUGCUGCAAGUUAGGUUGGUUACAGAUUUUCAGUUGUCCAUCAAAAGUUUUGGAGUUCAUAUUAUACACAAGCAUGAAGAGAAUGCAAACGAUCAGCCAGAAAUGACCCACGUGGAGUCUUGUUUCAGUUUUCGAGAACUUGUUAAUUGUUUCCCGAAAAUUUCAUCCACACAGGAUGAAUCAUCAACACAGGAUGAAUCAUCCACAGAGGAUGAAUCAGAUGAAGAAAGUGAAAAUUCAGAGUGUUCAAUCAUAGAGGAGUCAGUGGUGUCAGUGGUGAAAAGGCUUGCAACUUGGAAUCCAAUUGUUAUCCACAACAGAUAA